AAGAUGUGCAGAUGGCUUGGUAGAAUAUAUGCAUGCACAUAUAUAUAUAUAUAUAUGUAUAUGUACAUGUAUAUAUAUAAGCAGCCUUCACAUUCAUAUAUACAUAACAACUUCCUCAUCAUUACAACAAAUUAAUUAAUUUCCAAGUCUUUUUUUUUCUCAAGAUAUAUGACUGAAAAGAAAAUCCUCACAUGGAAAUGCAUCAUCCCAGGCUGUUACAAGAGCACUACAGAUCCAGAGAGCCGCCUGCAGCAGCCAGUUCUUAAGCAAACCCCAUCACUGCAGCAGAGACUCUCCAUCUCGGAUAUAAGCAAUGAUCUGAGCUCGGCUCUCUUUGCAGACGAUCUCUCCAACCCCCUCAUCAGCCUCAACCUUCACGUGUUUUCGCUCGCGGAGCUUGGAGUUGUCACAAGAAAUUUUUCAUGGAGUAGUCUGAUCGGGGAAGGUGGGUUUGGACCCGUGUUCAAAGGGUUUGUUGGUGACAAGGUUAGGCCUGGAUUGAAGGCUCAGCCUGUGGCUGUCAAGCUGUUGGACUUGGAUGGUUUGCAAGGCCACAAAGAAUGGCUGGCAGAAAUUGUAUUUCUUGGGCAGCUGAGGCAUCAAAAUCUUGUGAAGCUGAUUGGAUAUUGUUGUGAAGACGAGCACAGGCUCCUAGUUUAUGAAUACAUGGCAGGGGGAAGCUUAGAAAAUCAACUCUUCAGAAGUUAUUCUACUCCUCUGUCGUGGUCGAAAAGAAUGAAAAUCGCCGUUGGGGCAGCGAAGGGCUUAGCGUUCCUCCAUGAAGCAGAUCACAAGCCUGUCAUAUUCCGAGAUUUUAAGACUUCGAAUAUUCUGCUGGACUCUGAUUAUACAGCUAAACUUUCGGAUUUCGGGUUAGCAAAGGACGGUCCAGAAGGAGAGGACACACAUAUAACUACACGUAUAAUAGGGACACAGGGGUAUGCAGCCCCUGAAUACAUCAUGACAGGUUGCUUGACUACCAAGAGUGACGUCUAUAGUUUUGGAGUUGUUCUGCUAGAGCUAUUGACAGGUAAACGGUGCAUAGAUAAUACCUGCCCCAGUCGUGAACAGAAACUUGUGGAGUGGGCAAAACCUCGCUUGAAGGAUACGAGAAAGCUCGACGGGAUUAUAGACCCAAUGAUGGAGGGACAGUAUUCGAUCCGAGGGGCUCGAAAGGCGGCUGCAUUGGCUUACAGUUGCUUGAGCCACAAUCCAAAGCAAAGGCCUAGGAUGAGUGAUGUGGUUGUGAUCUUAGAAGGUCUUCAAGACUUCGAUGAAGGGUUAGUUGUCAGGCCAUUUGUUUAUGUAGCACCAAAUGAGGAGGAUAGUAAUAGUAGCAUCAAAAGUAUGAUAACAAGUGAGGCAAAAAAUUAGGGCAAAGAAAAUUGGAAAUAAUUAAUACAAAAAACAAUUUGUAUUGAUUAAAAGAAAAAA